CUCGAUCUUGAUUCAAUAAUGUACUUUUUCGCUCUAAAAGCCAUCCUCGAGCUCGCACCGCUCCUCUCAGGCCUCCUCCCACAGUUUCAACACACAAAUCAUAAUCAGGAUCAUCACAAUCAUACAACGCCCUCAGCCUACAAGACAAAAAGCAAGUCACACCAUGUCACAAAUCAUGAGUACCAACAAUGAAUGCAACGAGCAGCAGCAGAAAGGAAAAGCCAAUGGAGGAAAGUUCUCAGUUCCUGUUGACUUUCCAAACCAUCCAGGUGGCCAGGACACCUUGAAUGGCGCCCGUGGCCACACCCACAAAGAGUUUCUCUUUUUGACAUCUCACAUUGGAUUGGACCUGGAUGGGCGCAUUGCCCAGGUAGCCAAGAGCAGAGGGAUGGCUCUCCCUCAACGAGGAGAAGCCUACAAUGAAAUCCAUGGGGCUCUCUGUCGUAUCAUCCAAGAGCACCCUGAACAAGUGACAAUAUAUCGUGUUUGGUGUCUCUUCUUGACAGUCAUGUUUCCUACAGGCAUCAUUGGCUUUACCGUAACAGGCAGUCGUUGGUGGGCAGCCAUUUUGGGCUUUGUUCAUGUGAGCUAUAGUUUCAACAUCUUUCACAUGCGCCAUCACAGUGGUGGCAAAGUCUAUGGCAUUGGCUGGUUGGACAAACUGACUGAGCCCAUUUAUGACUUUUUGGAUCGCACCUAUUGUUUUAGCAUUGAGGGCUGGAGAAAACUCCACAAUGAAAGUCAUCAUUUGGUCACCAAUGAUCCAACCAGUGAUUACGACAUCCUUUCGACAGUCGGGAAGGGAUUCAGAAUCCAUCCUGAUAUUCCUUACCACCCACACCACCGGUUCCAACCAUACUAUCUGCCAAUAUUGCUGGCUCUGAAUGGACUUACAUUUUCCAUUAGCAACGUGAAGAAACGUGGAGGACAUCCAGUUUUCUGCAUGAUUUACUGGAUCACUCUGUUCAUUUUGCCAACCUAUUUGCAUGGAUGGCAUGCACUGAAGACAAUGGUUGCCACCAUAAUGCUGUUUAUUGGAUUGCUGAUUACGCAUCUCUUUCAAAUCUCUCAUAAUCACAGUGAUCUGGCAGCAUUUUCUGAUAUAAAGAAGAGGCCAGCUGUUGACUCCAUGGGCCGUCCAAAGAACAUUGAUGAUUUUAUGCAGUUGCAAAUGCUUGAAUCCAUGAGCUGGGGUGGGUAUCUAAGCUGUCUCUUAUUUGGUGGCAUCAACUAUCAAAUUGAGCAUCAUUUGGCCCCAUGUGUUCCCUCUCCCCUUUUAUAUCACUACCUGUCUCCCUUCCUGCGUGAAAUGGCACAGCGCCGAGGGUGGAGCUAUGUCUAUGAACCUGACUUUGCAAGUGCAAUGGCUUCGUAUCAUGAACACAUUUACCAAAUGAGCUUGCCCCCAAAGAAACUGGAAUAGGUGUUGCUUGAUGAAGCCGAGACCAGGAAACUUUGAAUCAGGGACGACCACAUGCAAGCAACAGUAGAGUUUCUCGUAAAUAGUAUAUAAAGUACAGAUAUCGAAUGUUCUGUUUUGGGUGGGUGGACAGCCAGUGCCCUAUAAUUGUG